AUGCCCACAUCCCGCGCCGUCUCCUCUAAAGACCUUCCUCCCUCGGUUGAAAGCGCCUACUACAGGAAAUGUAUCGACCUCCGCCGCCGCAUAACCGACAUCGAAGAGAACAAUGACGGCACGCGCCUGCGCAUCACACGCCUGAACCGCGGAAUUCAGAAGAUGCGUCUCGAGCGCGCAUUUCUUCUUGAGCAGCUCAACAAACACAUGGAGUACAACGUCGACGACAGCGAUCGCAGCAGCAGCCCACCGCCCACUCCAACAGACAAGCCAUUGAGAAGCAAAAGGAGCCACAACAGGAAGGGCACACCUCCCCUUGGUGGCAGUGCUGAGGGAGGAGCCGGUGAGAGGACAGCCAUGAGCGGGGAGGGUAGACUGGGUCUAGGAGCCCUAUCGCAUGGCAUGAACCCCAUGAGUAGUGCUCAGAGUACCCCGGACCCAUCAGGGCGUCCCCAGAACAGCUACUUUGGUACCAUCGGCGCUCCCACGGCGACAAGUCCACACACCGGUGCAAACGGCGCACCUCCUACACUUCCUCCCCUUCACUCGCUCCCACCGCUGCAGCCACAGCAGCAGCAGCCAGCACCCGCCCAGCGCGCAUACUUUGACCCAGCCUAUGACGAGCAACGCCCCACACCCGCUAGCAACGAGGAGGCAGCCGCCCGUCCACGCGCGUACUCAGGUGCUGCCCAGCAACCACCGACGACCGAUUCCGCGCCUCCUCCGCCGCAGAACGGCGACACCGAGAUGACCGACGUAAGCUUCACAGCUGUCAACCGCUAG